AUGAAAGAAAAACAAAGAAAAGAUAAAAGGAAAAAACAAAGAAAUAGAUUACAAGCACAAGAAUUGGUGCAACAAAGAUUAGAGCGUAUACUUGUACCUGUCUAUGUACACGGUAUUAUACUUAAUCUAGUCAUUCGAGAUUGUAUUAUUGAUGAUGAUACAGGUCCGAUAUUACCACUUGCAAUAGUGAGUAAGAGAUGGUUUGAUAUUGUAAAGAAUGUACUACAAUCAUCAAGGUCAUCAAACUUGCUACCAAAGUUUAGUAACGCGGCACACUUACUCUUUGACAAAGAUAUGUAUUCCAAACAACCUCUGGCAUAUCCAUCAACAGAUUUUAGAACCUUUUCACAACUUUCAAAAGAUGUCGUCGAAGCACUCGAGAAAUACGUCUUGCCAAAGAUACAAGAACUAAAAGUCAGACCAUUUAGGGACAACACCAUCAACAGGCAGUUGUUGGCACUACCAAUGCCUGCACUGGAACACCUACGCAUUCAACUCCCAUCCGAAAAGCCUAUUUCAUCUGAUAAGCCAACACACGAUAUCUUUGAGGUUCUAAUAGACAUGAAUCAUCGUGGCAAAGUUGUAUCACCAAAAUAUUUGGCAAAUUUAAAGAGUAUCGAGUUUAUAUCAGUGUUUCCAUUGGAUGAAGAUCAAUGUGCUAGACUAUUUAGACAAUGUCAGUCUGUUGAAUCAGUCGGUAUAUUCGAGUAUGAAAUGGACCAUUCUAAUCCCGUGGGAUUUGAAACAGUCGUUUCAACACUUUUAUCAUUACCUCGAUUGACUAAAUUAUCACUCAAUCGAUUUGGUCCUUUCUAUGGGAUACUCCCAACCACAAUCACAUCGAUAUCGGUCGGAUAUGGAGACAAUGACGGUGACAAUUCACAACAAGAUCUGAAAGAUUAUGUAUUGAAUUCAAAACAACUAGAGUCUGUCAAGGGCAUUGACCUUGACCAAGAAUGGAUUGGAAUACUUGUAGAUACAAAACUAAAAAAAAUAGGAUUGGUUAUAAGUGAUCAUUUACAACUUAUUGACGACACGACGUCAAAGAUACAGAUAUUUCCAUCAACACUAGAGUCUCUAACAAUAGAUCGUUGGGGAGACCAUGAUCCAAAUACAUUUCGAUUGGAGAAAUUAAAUCGUCUAAGAAAAUUGGUCAUUCGUGCUACGAUGGAUAGUUGUGGUUAUUUGACACACCUCAUAACACAGUCAAAGAGUCUUAGGCGCGCAGAAACAUCUAUUCGUAGAUUCGAGAUUAAAAAGGAUCUUGCUCUUUUAGAUGCCAUCUCUUCAAGUCUGACAUUUAAACAAUUUAAACUAGAUUCGGUGAUUCCAGGUUCAUUUUUUAAAAAUGAAAGGGUCAAUCCCAGAUCUAAUCUGGUUUACCUCAAAGUUGGAAAUAAUUUCACAAUUACAAAUACAAAUAAUCAUUAUUAA